UUAUGUCAUGAACUCGCGCCAAAUCCAUGAUGCCACACUGAUGAGUCUAGGCGGUACCAGCAUCACUAGACGUCCUUUCAGUGUAUAACGAAGAGCCUUUCGGAGAACACCGAAGGACGACGUUGUCCAACGGCCAUCUGAGGUGUCACAGACUAACACUACAGCUCCCGUCAGAACAUCAUGGUGAACAAGUCUGAUUCGCUGCUGGAUGAACUGGGAUGUGGAAAAUGGAACCUCAUUGUCAUUUUGCUCCUCGGAUAUUGGUCCGCCCAGAUCCCGUCGAACUCCCUCGGCGGAACUUACCUGGCGCCGUCGCUUGAGCACUCCUGCAGGAUCCCGGAUGACGGAUUUCCCAUUUUCAUCGAAAAAGAGGGAAAUGCGACGACAGUUGAUGCUUGCUGGUACAACAAGAACACCUCUGAAGGGAUUGAAAAGGUUCCUUGCACAGAAUGGGAUUUCGACAAUUCCACGUUCCUGACAACUCUCACUUCUGAGUUUCAGAUGGUGUGCGGAAAAGAAUAUAUGAGGCCUACAUUUCAGAGCAUGUACUUCUUCGGAGCCCUCAUCGCAGGCCCUAUUAUUGGAUUUUUAUCCGACAGGUACGGAAGGAAGACUGUGAUGGCAGUGGGAAUGACAGUCUACUCCAUUACGGCCAACAUCAUUUGCUGGCUGCCAAAUCUUCCUCCGAUCUUGGCAGCUCGGUUCAUCUUAGGACUGAUGCACCCGACGUCACUCGCCGUUCCAUACACUUUAGCGAUGGAGCAGAGUGCACCGAGGCACAGAGCGGCUGUGGGCAUCCUGACGUUUCUUCCCUGGAUCAUUGGGUAUUUCACAUGGGCGGGACAAGCGUACCUCGUAAGGGAGUGGCGGUGGCUGAUGCUCUCAGUUCCUAUACCGUCCCUUCUAGCGAUUCCUGUUUUAUGGUUUGUUGACGAAUCCCCUCGCUGGCUGAUACUGAAAGGUUACCACGACCGAGCUCUGAAGGUGUUCAAAAGAGCGGCUCGCCUGAACAAAGCCAAACUUCCGUCCGAUGAAGAGCUGCUCACUUUAAUGAAACAGAUACAAACGGAAGAUAAUAAAAGCAAAAGCCAGCCACAACAUGGAACCUCACAAUUUAUGAAACCGUUGAAGUCUAUGGGAGAAGAUACCAUUAUCCUGGUCAGGACUCCAGCAAUGCGAUGCAUCACCCUGUGCCUGUACUGUCUGUUCCUGGUCUGCGGCACCGUUUAUUACGGGCUGUCGAUAAGUGGUGGCGAUCUAGGAACGGACCCCUUCAUCUACUUGGCUCUGACGGGCGUCAUGGAAAUCCCUGGCAGCACCGUCACUCUGCCCAUGAUCAACAUCCUGGGGCGCAAACGCUCCAAUAUCAUCUGCUUUCUUGCGACGGGCGUCUCUCUUCUGCUUCUCACGUUCAUUCCCAAGGGAUGGGUUGCGACGGCUAUGGCUUUGGUGGGCAAAAUGACUAUUUCCGCGUCAUACCAGAUCGUCUACUUCCACGCAACGGAACUUUUCCCAACGGAGGUUCGAGUGAGAGGCCUCGGGACCUGCGCAAUGGUUUCCAAAACAGGAUCCAUCACUGUUCCAUAUAUCAUAAACGCACUUGGUGCAGUAUACUGGUGGGGUCCAUCAGUGCUGUCUGGAGCAUUGUCAAUUCUGGCUUGUGCGGUGUGCUUCAUGUUGCCGGAGACCUUGAGAGCGACUCUUCCAGACUCGGUGGCUGCCCUUGAGAUGACUGCACUACUGCAGAAAAGGGAGAAGAUCCGUGACAAACAAAAAGCAGCAGCGAAGAAUCAAGAUGAAACAGCAUCUUUCUCUACGUGAUGUGCUCUACAAGUGAAAUUUUCUUUCACCAACAUCUUGUAAAAGCCCCGACUUCUCUGGAUCGUCGAUUAAAACUCAUCUAAAAUUCGUUCCGACUUAUUUAUGUACAAGACAGAUCAAUCUCGAGGGACUUUUAGGGGUGACGAGAUGGAAAGACAGUCAUUCUUCUGUCUUCUCCCUUUGCCUGACUUCAGGUCUACUUUCCUGUCCAUCGCUUAGUAACAGAGAAACAAUAAUGUAUGAAAGAUACUGUGAAUAAACGUCAUGAAAAAUC